UGUAGUAACUAUGUCACUGAAUGCCAGUGGAUAUCGUUAUGAGGUUAAUGAAGAUAAUGCUCUUGAUGUUAUUAUUGAAGACUAUAUCAAUGGUACCCUGCAUCCUAACAGAUAUGACAACAGAGCUAAAAGAGGUGACAUUAGUGCUAAUUUAACAUCACCAAUGGACUCAACAUCAACUCUUCUUUUCAAUCGUCCUUACGACAUUGUGACAACUGUUGGCUACUCUAAUUGGUCUUUUCUAAGUGUUCUUCAUUGGGGUGAGAAUCCUAAUGGCCAAUGGACCGUUAGUAUCAAUUGGAGGAAUUCAAAUAGAGGAUCUGCUGUUUUGAGUAACAUUUCAGUUAGUUUAUAUGGAGUGUCUAGUAUCCCUUCGUCUGUUUCAAGCAUUCCUAGUCAGUGUCAUUCAGAUUGUGCUCGUACUAAAGGUUGUGCUGCUGCUGGUCCUCAGUAUUGUGAUGCUUGUAACAGCACUCUGCUACGUAAUGCUACCUCACUGGGAUGUAUCCAACCUUCUGAGUGUCUACUGCCUAACAAAAUUGCAAGUGGCUACUGCUAUAUACCUCGUGAUUCACCUACUGAAUCACCUACUCAAUCACCUUCUGGAUCACCUUCUUCAGGAUGGAGUGCCAUUGGAAAUUGUGUCAUCCUCUUUAUUUUGAUGAUAGUUGCCUUUAAUAUGUAGAGGUGGUGCAUGGAAG